AUGGCUAUCAGCACUAAGAAAGUGGACGAAUGCGAUGCAGUGUUAGCCUUUCUGUUAGGCUCAACGUCAUCGUUGCAUGUAAAGGAUGCAGAAAAAGCUACUUCAGAUAAUUUCAAUCAUCUCAACGACCUACAAACACAAGAACAUGAAUCAAAAACUGUCUCCAUUAACAACUGGAACGACAUCGUUUCAAGAAAAUUUGAAAAUCCUCAAACACAAGCCACGAACUCAAUUGUCACAAAGAUUUCUCAAUCUGCAGUAACUGAUAAGAAACAAGUAUCACAGCACGAUAAAAAGAAUUACAAGAUAAAAACAACUUCAAAUGGCAGUGUAAAAGUUCAUGAUAAUUGCGCUGCUGAAGCUGAACAUGAAGACGAUUGUGCUCAAUCGAGUUGUUUUAAUCAAAAGAACGAGAAUUAUUCGAUGGUGAAAGACUGUUUCACUGUUGGAUGCGUUGUCGUUGUGUUGGUCGCAUAUAUUCUUGCGUGUAUCUACAGUUAUGUUUCUCCAUUAGUGGUACCAUUGCCAGAUUACAAGAUGUUAUUUACAGCGUACGAUACCUCCAAUGUUUCUGUAAUCAUCGUGAGUCCAAUUGAUAACUCACACAUGAAUCCACAAGGUGUUUUAUUUGAGUGGAAACUUGUAAAUUUUCCAACCGAAGCGUUAUAUCUGUACGGAGCUGAGGUAUUUCGCUACCGCUUGUAUUUAAAUGACAAGUUGAUUAAGAACGAACUCGAAUUUUUGGCUCUUCAAGACGAAGAUAGUGGUGCAAUCGUUUUAAAUCGUUCAGUGCGCUUUCCUAUUCCUAUUCGAAAAUUUAUUCCAGACAACAAUCUCACGACAUCAAACAGAGUCUUUGAGCUUCAUUUACAAGUUGACGUUCCAAUUCCUGGUUUGAUGGAAGAACUAAAGACAUAUACACAGGAUGUUUACGUUAAGCAGCCAUUUUUAGUUUCUCAUGAAGAAAUAUAUCUCAAGCUGACGUCGCCAUCGGACGGUGCGACUUUUAAACACCAUGAAUCUAUUGUACUCGAGUACACUGCAGUAAAUAUUCAACACAUGGCAAUAAUGAUUGAUGAUAAUAUUCACUUGAAAAAAAGUUACAUCAAUGAUGGUAAUAUGCUGCUGCGUGGAUUAAGUGUGGGGCUACACAAGCUGGAAGUACGAGCUUUUGACGAUCAAAAGAACGUUCUGGUAUCGAGUGCUAUUCACGUAAAGAUCAUUGACAGUGAUUAA